AUGAACGAUGAUCGAUUUAUGCUAUGGACUUCGACAUUGCUUGGUGUUCUCCAAAUGUGGUGCUUUUUUGGCUUCGAUAUGAUGUCAUUCUUGGUGGAACCAAUUUGUCACUCAGUUCGAGAACGAUGUCCAGAGUGUAUCAUUCAAUUCGCUGGAUAUUAUGGAACAGCCGUCCUCUGCUUCUCGUACACGAUCGGUAACCUGAUUGCGCCGUGUUUCCUACCACUUCUCGGCGCUAAGGGCUGUCUAAUCCUUUCUUCAACUUUAUUCAGUGUCUAUGCUGCGAACUUCUUUUAUCUACGAACAUAUUUCUUUUUCCCGGCAAAUGUCUGUUGUGGAUUCGCGUUUGCUCUGUUUUAUGCUGGUGGUGGAUCAUAUGCUUUGCGACAUUCAACCGAUCGUUUCCUUUCUCGAAAUCAAUCAAUCCAGUGGAUGGUCGCUUCGUUAACAACUCUUUUGAGCGGCACUUUUUUGAUCUUUUCGGCAAGUGUUUUGAAGGAACAUCCAGGAAAUGAGACUGAGAUUUCAGCAAAGGGAACAGAGAAUGACGCUGAGUACCGUCAAUUCUCCGACAAAGAGAUCCAUUUGCUAUCAAUCGGAAUGUCAGUCUUAGCUCUCGCUUCAAUUAUCCUCGCCUUUCUUCUCCCGAAAAGAGAACUCCAGGGAUCAUUGCAAAAGAAAGUCAAAAAUGAAGUCUCGUUGAAGAAACAGAUUUGCAAAGUAUUCUGGGCGAUGAGACAAAAAUCAUUGCUGAAAGUCUCUUUCCUUUUCAUGUCCACCGGUUCAUUCAUCUCAUUGUUCUUGACCAUUUAUCCGACGACCAUGUCAUUCACGGAUUCUUUGGCCAGGAAUAAGAAUCUUGUGGCAUAUUACUGUAUCGCUUGUUGUGUGGGAGAGUUCAUAGUUGGCUUCUCAAUCACGCUUUUGAGCAAACGAAUUCGUGACUUUGGGCUUAUUCCGGCAAUGUCUCUUACUUGUGUACUUUAUGUGAUCGUGGCUGUUCUAAUGAUUCUCUUUACCCCGGCAAUGGCUUCUAUUGGACCGACAAAAGAUCAUGCAAUCUUUGAAACAAAUCAAUGGAUCUGUAUUUUACUUGGUGUUUUGACUGGAGCACUUGACGGAUCGGCGAACAACGCGAGAAUGGUCGCUGCAGCAAAGGGACUACCCGACGAGCCGGCUAUUGCUUUCAGUGUAUCGAAAUUUUAUCAAGCAGCUGCUCAAACGAUCUGCCUAUCUUUGGGGUCAAUCCUGAAUCUUCAUCAAAUCAUUUGCGUCAUUGGCGUUGUUCUGUUGAUCAGCGUUUUCUGCUACAUUUCCUAUAUCCGAAAUCUAUCGGAAAGGAGAGUUUCAUCAGAAGAAAAGUUGCCUCAAGAAUUCGAAUCGACAAAUUAU